AUGUACAAAGAUCGUACGGAAAGUGAACGGGAUCAGACAAAAGAAUCGUCUUUGUUGAUCCACAGCACAUUUCAAUUGACAUAUUUAGCUUGCCUAAACUCAUCGAUCAUCAAUUCGAUUUGUAUGCGACGUUUAAAUAUCUUAUCAUCAAAAUUAAAUUUGAAACUCGAUCAAAAGCUUACGAUUAACCUACAUAAAGAUUGGCAGGGUUGGAUUAUUUUGGCAUAA